GGGCUGAUUCGCACACAAUUUAAACAGGGCGUUUCACUGAUCCGCACACCUCCAGGAAGCAUCUGAUUACAAGGUCAGACUCGAAAGGAAAAUAUGAAGUUAUUAUGUAUCUUAAAAUGAUGUCAGACUGACAGUUCAAGCCGCAAAUGUCCUCCUUUAGUGCACAGGGCUAUAGGUUUGUCCUCUCUCCACGCUGGGAUCAGAGUUACUCUUCAGUUGUUUUUGUUUCAGUCGGUGUCCAAUCCACAGUGCAAGCCUGUGAUCCAAAGACCAACGGGCACUACCCGGUGCCCAGGCUGUCCAUAUCCUCCAGGACCACGGUGGUAGCUAGCAUGGACAGUGGCCCUCAGUCUUCGCCCACAGUCAUGAAGUGGAAAACGGUGCUGGCUAUCUUCGUGGUCGUUGUCCUUUACUUGGUGAUCGGAGGCACGGUGUUCCGAGCUUUGGAAAAACCUUUCGAAAGCAAACAGAAGCAUAAGAUCACGAUAGAGAAAUCUAGUUUCCUGCGAAAUCACCCCUGUGUGAACCCCGGGGAACUUGACGCACUCAUUGAGCAUGCAAUUGAGGCUCUUGGGGCUGGAGUGAAUCCUGUAGAUAAUUCAGCUAACAAUACAAGUCACUGGGAACUCGGUAGUGCCUUUUUCUUUGCUGGGACUGUGAUAACCACCAUAGGUUAUGGGAAUAUUGCACCCAGUACUGAAGGAGGGAAAAUAUUCUGCAUCUUAUAUGCUUUGUUUGGAAUUCCUCUCUUCGGCUUUCUGUUAGCAGGAAUUGGGGAUCAAUUGGGCACAAUCUUUGGUAAAAGCAUUGCAAGAGUGGAGAAAGUCUUCAGAAAAAAGCAAGUGAGCCAAACUAAAAUCCGGGUCAUCUCCACAAUCCUUUUCAUUCUAGCUGGCUGCCUUGUGUUUGUGACUAUCCCAGCAAUUAUUUUCAAGCACAUCGAAGGGUGGACAACUCUGGACUCCAUCUAUUUUGUUGUUAUCUCCUUAACAACUGUAGGAUUUGGUGACUAUGUAGCAGGUGGAAACAUAGCUAUUCAUUAUCGGGAAUGGUAUAAACCAUUAGUCUGGUUCUGGAUUCUAGUGGGUCUGGCCUACUUUGCAGCUGUCCUCAGCAUGAUUGGAGAUUGGCUACGUGUGAUAUCCAAGAAAACAAAGGAAGAGGUUGGUGAAAUUAAGGCUCACGCUGCUGAAUGGAAAGCAAACGUGACAGCAGAGUUUAGGGAAACACGAAGGCGAUUAAGUGUGGAAAUUCAUGACAAACUUCAAAGGGCAGCAACUAUCCGAAACAUGGAGCGAAGACGGCUUGGUUUGGACCAACGAGCCCAUUCCCUUGAUAUGCUCUCCCCUGAGAAACGAUUAGCAUUUGCAGGUCUGGAAACAGGACAGUUCAAGGCCUCGUCUCAGGAAAGUAUAAAUGGAAAUUCUAACAAUCUACAGCAGAAAGAAACAAAGCAAUAUGACAAACACAUGCAAGGAGCUUCAGAGGACAACAUCAUCAAUAAAGUUGGAUCUUCAGCAAGAGGGCCCAAGAGAUUCAAAAAUAGAGAACUAAAGAAAGAGAUACCAGAGAAUAUUAGAAAAAUAUAUGAAACAUUUGGAAAUUGCACACUGGAUGAAGAGAAAAAGGAACAGGAACGAGAGAAAGAAAACAAUACAAAUGUUCCAGCUAUAACAAGUUACGUCCAACAUUCAGAAGUAGAAGAUGACAGAACAACCAAUGAAGCCAAAUAUCCAGAGAAUAGGAAAUUACUUGAAAAAAAGAUAUGAAAACGCUAUGAUGAACAAUAUAAAAAGUUUGAAGUUUUUUUACACUAUUGAUAUGUGCCUUAUCAUUUUAAAAUGUGAGAAAACCAUUUUCACACAUGCAUGGUCUACACAAACCUUUAGAUUGAUUUAUUAUGCCACUGUGAUAUAGGGUUGAACUACCAAAUAUCAAACAUCGGCUUGAAUUAAUCUGUUUGAACUAUGGGAAUGUGUUUGAUGACUACAUUCGUACCAAUCUGGGAACAUUUUAUGUGGACCGAGAGCUCAUUACCAAUGCAGUAUAUCUUAGGAAAGAAGUGGAUGGCUCUGUACAUUAUCAGAAGUUCCACUAAGUCUCCAUCACGUUUAUUACUGAGAGGAUUCAGUUUUGGAAUAUUUAUUCCCACUAAUUUAUUAAAAUUGUUCGACAAUUUUUAAACAAACAUCAGUUUGUUUUA